AUGGCACUCAAUACGGAGAACUCAAGCUCAGUCGCUGCCUCAACCACCAAAGUACUCGAAGUAUCCGAGCUACGAGAACGAAUCUUACUUACCUUGCCCGUUCAAGACCUCUUCGUUCUACAAAGAGUAUGCAAGAAUUGGCAAGCCACCAUGAAGACCUCAAUCACGAUAUCGCAGAAGAUGUUCUUGCAACCCAUGGGUCCAACACUGCAGUCAUCCUCCGACGGCGUUUUCGAAAGUCAUCGCAUCACAAUGAACCCAGUAUCGAAGGUCUACCAGUAUGAGCGCAAAGUACUCGCGAAGAACGACGACGCUUCCCGGUUUCACAAGAUCAGCAUCGGUCUUAGGCUGCCCGUAGGUCAUGGUCGUCGACGCUAUGCUUGGCCCGGACUCCCGAGUGGUUCGAGUGUCGAACACAGCUGGAGGAACAUGCUGCUAACGCAACCUCCGAUUUUCAAGGUGUCCAUACAGUACCAAGACUGGCGCGAGGGUGGCACGGAUGACUCGUCCUUGCGCUGUCCGACUGGAGUUACGAUAGGGGCUCUCAGCGACCAUUGUACAGACCUGGUCAGCCGAUAUUGUCUUGAGCCCGGCACGCAGGGCACAGGACUUAGCUCGUACAUGGGCAUCACAGUCUUGGUCAUGGAUCCGGAACUUGGUGGUAGUGUUUGA